AAAACAGCACACUGUAUCCAAAGAAGCAAAACAGACCGUUUUUGAUAUACUCACACUUACGUUUAUUUUCUUAGCGUUUUUGUGAUUCCAGAAAGGAUAAGUGAAUACAAUUCCCUUAUUUUCAUAAAAUUAAUCAAAUUUUAAACAUUUUUAUUGUAGUGAAAAGAGUUUUAAACAAAAGUUUCUCACAAGUACUAGUGCUUUGGCAUUAAUCAAUAUGAAAAGCGGGGUGAUAUUUACAAUACUAUAAACUAUAUUUGCAUUAUUAAAAAUAAAUAUCAUGGAUUUACAGAAAGAUCCAGGAUAUGUAAUCGAAAACAAUGUCCUCAAAGGGGAAAACCUACCUCCACUAGCAUCUGACUUUCGUUUUAACGAAAUAAUAUUGGAAAAUUUAAAAAACAAUCCAGAUUUUGUUGGACAAAUCGAUGGAAAAACAGGAGAAACUUGGACAUACAAGAAAUUAACAGAUGCCAGUGUAGGUUGUGCUUUAUGGCUUAAGAAGCAAGGAAUAAAAGCAGGUGAUAUAGUAACAAUUUGCUCACAUAAUAAUAUUAAAACUUGGGCCCCAUUAUGUGGAAUCUUCUUCAUCGGAGCCAACUUCAAUCCUUGGUACCACGAUUGGUCAGCUGAAACUGCCAAACAUUUCGUGAAUCUCACGAAGCCAAAAGUCAUAUUCGCUGAUGAGCAAGCAGCAAAGUUGCUCAAAGAUGUGACCAAACAAGAGAAUGUCAAUUCGAGAAUUGUUGUGUUUGGCAAAGUUCCUGGACUUGAAUCCUUUGACGACAUCAUUAAGGAAUGCAGUGCCGAAGAGAUUGAGAGCUUUCAGUGUUAUCCGAUAAAAGACGAUGAUAAUGCAGUAAUAAUGUUGUCUUCGGGAAGUAGUGGUUUGCCUAAAGGUAUACAGCAUUCGUAUCGUUCUGUACAAUACAAUAUGUGUAGACUUAAUAGUAGUCCGGAAGAUGGAAAGCAAUGCACCAUGAUGCACAUAGCAUCGUUAUAUUGGACAUCUUGCAUUUCCCGUGCCCUGCACAGUCUACUGAAUACGUUUCCUGCAGUCAUCAUGAACAAUCCGUCGUCUGAAGAAAUUUGCAAAACAGUCAAAAAAUAUAAGAUUCAGCGAUUAUGCUUGGGAACCUUUGCUAUUAACGAUAUGUACAAGUCGGGUUUGUUGGAAAAAUACGAUUUAUCAUCUGUAAAAGAAAUAGUAACAGGAGGUACAAAACUGUAUCCUGAAGUAAUUGAGAAAGUUAAUAGUCUUUUGAAGAAUGGUGAAAUACUGCAAGGAUAUGGUUUAACCGAACUAGGAACAAUUGCUGCUAUGCAAAGAAGAGGUCACAAUAAUUAUGAUUCCUGUGGCACAAUAUGUUACGAUACAGAGAUAAAAAUAGUUGACGUAAAUACCAACCAAAUACUAGGUCCAAAUGGAAAGGGUGAAAUUUAUGUAAAACAAGAUAAUAUGAUGAAACACUAUUUCAAUGAUCCAAAAGCUACGGAAGAAGUUAUUGAUAAAGAUGGUUGGCUACACACUGGAGACUUGGGAUAUUUCGACAAAGAAGGAAAUGUUUACAUUGUGGACAGAUUGAAAGAAGUAAUCAAGUACAGGGGCCACCAUAUUUCUCCGGUAGAAGUCGAAAGUAUUCUUUAUAAACAUCCAAAAGUAUUAGAAGCUGCAGUGGUACCAAUUCCUCACGAAACAGAUAAUGAACAUCCAAUUGCAUUUAUUUCAACGUUAAACAAUUUUAAGAAUGGUCCGGGAUAUAUAAUUGAAAACAAUAUCCUCAAAGCUGAAAAGCUACCUCCACUGGCACCUGACGUUCGUCUUAAUGAAAUAAUAUUGGAAAAUUUAAGGAACAACCCAGAUUUUAUUGGACAGAUCGAUGGAGAAACAGGAGAAACAUGGACAUAUAAGAAAUUAACUGAUGCCAGUGUAGGUUGUUCUUUAUGGCUUCAAAAGCAAGGAAUAAAAGCAGGUGAUAUAGUAACAAUUUGCUCACAUAAUCAUAUUAAAACUUGGGCCCCAUUCUGUGGAAUCUUCUUCAUCGGCGCCAACCUUAAUCCUUGGUACCACGAUUGGCCAGCUGAAACUGCCAAAUAUUUCAUGAAUCUUACAAAACCAAAAGUUAUAUUUGCUGAUGAAAAAGCAGCAAAGUUGCUCAAAGAGGUGACUAAACAAGAGAAUGUUAAUUCGAGAAUUGUUGUAUUUGGCAAAGUUCCUGGACUUGAAUCCUUUGACGACAUCAUUAAGGAAUGCAGUGCCGAAGAGAUUGAGAACUUUGAAUGCUACCCAGUAAAACACGAUGACAAUGCCUUAAUACUAUUUUCUUCGGGAAGCACCGGUUUGCCUAAAGGUGUACAACAUACAUAUCGUUCUUUACACUACAAUAUGUAUACAUUUAAUAAGAGAUUUGAAAACAAGGAAGGUAGCAUCACAAUGCAUGCAUCAACAUUCUAUUGGAUAUCUUGCACUUUAUGCACCCUGCGCAGUCUAAUGAAUAAUCUCCCUGCAGUUAUCAUAAACAAUGCCACGACUGAAGAAAUUUGUAAAACAACACAAAAAUAUAAGGUUCAGUGGUUAUUUUUGGCAACUGGUUUUAUUAACGAUAUAUACAAAUUAGGUUUAUUUGAAAAAUACGACUUAUCGUCUGUAGAGGAAAUAGCAACAGGAGGUUCAAAAGUCCAUCCUGAAAUAACGAAAAAACUUAACAGCCUUUUAAAGAAUGGUGAAAUAAUUCAAGGAUACGGCCUAACUGAACUGGGAACAAUUGCCACUUUGCAAAGAAAGGGCCAUAAUAAUCAUGAUUCCUGUGGAGUACUAGGUUAUGAUAUAGAGUUAAAAAUAGUUGACGUAAAUACCAACCAAACACUAGGUCCAAAUGAAAAGGGUGAAAUUUAUCUUAAGCAAGACCAUUCGAUGAAACAUUAUUUAAAUAACCCAAAAGCCACAGAAGAAGCUAUUGAUAAAGAUGGUUGGCUACAUACUGGAGACUUGGGAUACUUCGACAACGAAGGAAAUGUUUACAUUGUUGAUAAAUUAAAAGAAGUAAUCAAGUACAGGGGCUACAAUAUUUCUCCGUUAGAAAUCGAAAUUAUUCUUCUCAAACAUCCAAAAGUAUUAGAAGUUGCAGUCGUACCUGUUCCUCAUACAACUGAUGAGGAACAUCCACUUGCAUAUAUUUCAACAUUAAAUAAUUUUAAGGUAUCUGAAGAGGAACUUUUCAAAAUGACAUCCAUUCUUGGUGAUAUUAAAAGACUGAGAGGUGGAAUAAAAUUUUUGGAUGCACUACCAAAAACACCAUCAGGGAAAGUUGACAGACCAAAACUAAAGCAAAUGGCUAAAGUUUAUAGUAGUUAAUAAAAAAAUGAAAAACUAGUCAAAUGCGAAAUCAUUAGAUCUGAAUAUUGUAGACUUUUUAUAUUGCAAUGGUGAAAAUUCGUUACCAAACACAUUUUAUUAUAUUAUUAAUUUUAUUUAGAAGUCGUUAUUAGGCAUUACCAAUUUAAAA